AUGAUAACCAUGGACUCCAAACAACAGCAAUCUCAGCAGGCUUCCGGACCUCACGAACGUGAGGCCCCUCCUCCUCAGUACGUCGAAGCCGGGCGAAACGCUCCGCCAUCUGGAACAUCCUCAUCACCUGCUCAGGAUAGACCAUAUCCUCCGUCUCAACAACCCUCGAAUGUUCCACCGAGCCACUCAAAUCAUAGCCUAGGAGCGAUGCGAGCCCAACCCCCACCGCAGACGAUGUCGGGCCAAGAAAAGACUGCUGCGCAGAUAGGUGAAGAAUACAGGGCUGCAUUAUACGCUGAAUGUGCCCAAGGUCGACAUGCGCCAACGACACGUUAUGGUCCUUGUGGUAUUAUAACGGCGAUUCUUUGCUUCCCCUGUGGAUUGAUAUGUUUAUUUACUGAUACAGAGCGGAAAUGCGACCGGUGUGGUAUCAGCUUGACGAGAUGA